AUGCUAACCUUAGUAAAGAAAACAAAGAAGCAAUUAGUAAUUAAACCAACACAAGGUAGUUGGGGAACCAGAGAUAUAGGUAGAACAAUAUAUAGUAUGAUAAAAGAAAAAGCUUUUAUGAAAAAGCAAAAUAGUAGUUGGGUUCUUGAUAUGACACAAAGCUCACUUGAAGGAAUUAGGAAAAAUAAUAUUGAUUCAGAGAUAACUAGUAGGAGGGAAAUAGAUAGAGACUUGUAUAGUUUAAAACAUGCAAGUAUGGCAGAUAUAGUUUAUAUAGAUAGAUUAUAG